CCGACUUACAAAAGAAGAUUGUCGAAGAAGAUGCAAAUGUGGAAAAAGAUAUUCAAAUAAUUGUUACCGAGUGGGAUCUUAAGAAGCCUAUUCAAGGCAGCACUAAACCUGCUGAUGCGAUAGAAAUUCUUAAUGAGUUUAAGGGCCGCGAGAAAUACGAUACCGUCUGUCGUGCUAAAGAAGCUCUUAACAUGGCAUCGACCUCUGAGGCCCGUCUAGAACCUGUCCGCGAAGAACUCGAAGAUCUCCAGUCAGUCUGGAAUGCACUCUUCGAUGUAUGGAAGUCCAUUGAUAAAAUAAAAGAAGCCUUAUGGUCUUCAGUGGUGCCGCGUAAAAUUAGGCAACAAUUGGACGCCCUUCUCACCACCACUAAGGAGAUGCCAACUCGAAUGCGAUCUUAUGCUGCUUUCGAAUAUGUUCAGGAUACCAUAAAACAAUACAUCAAAAUCAAUCCAAUCCUUGCCGAGCUCAAAUCCGAGGCAUUAAAGGAACGUCACUGGAAACAACUAUUCAAAGUUCUUCCUCGUACUAAUUUCCUGUUUUCAGAAAUGACGAUUGGUCAUGUUUGGGAUUUUGAUCUCAAAAAAAAUGAGCAGAUUAUAAAAGACGUGGUGGCACAAGCCUCCGGUGAAAUGGCUCUCGAAGAAUUUUUGAAACAG